AUGGCAAGGCUGAAUAGGCCAUUUCCGAGUUCUCCCGGGCCUCUGAUUCAAAACGAGGGUAGGUGCUCAGCCUUUGAUAUGGAAAUCAUUUUUCAUUCUCAUGCAAAUAAAACUCAUUUUCACAAGAAAGGUUGUGCACCUAGCCUCAUUUUGAAAGUGAGGGUUUUUGGAACAAAAUAGAUCAAAAUAAAAAUCAAAACGAUUCGACAGAUAAAUUUUAGAAUCUGUUAAAUGAAAGGAGGUAAAUAUACAAAGACCCUCCCCAAGAUUUGGGCGGACGGAAACCAACAGAAACAUCUGUUACCGAGUUUUGCUACAAAAGUGUGAAUUUACUCCUAGAGGAACUCAUAAACAUUAAAGUGAUACUUUUUCUAACACUUGAACUGAUCAGAUAACAAAAUUCUUCGAAAAAAGUCACUUUUGAAACUUAAAUGACAGCUCUCUCGGCCGUCAUGAAAAUGCUGCGUCACGCUAAAGCUUAUAAUUUCAAGCGCACACUAUUACAAAACCAAGAACCCUUUUGAAGCGAAAAUUUGUUUGAAAAUUAGUUUUCAGCUGCUCUAAUACACCAUGAAAGUAAAAUCUCAGUAGGAUCGAUAGUUUUGUAGUUUGAAUUUUAGUGACGUCAUGUGAAAACCAACAAUUCCCUUAAAUGGUGUGACAAGUCAGCUGCUGCCUUAUUGUUGCUGUUGAUAUUGUUAUUGUUGUUGACAUCUGCAUGCUGAUGAUAUCUUCAGUAAUUAUUUUAUCUCAUCAGGCUUCAGAUAUGCAUUCCAUAAGUCCGAAUAAGUACGCUGACGGUAGAAUCAACAGCCUUGGAGUUCCCUAUGACUAUGACAGUGUAAUGCAUUAUGACUCGUGAGCCUUCAGCAUAAAUGGCAGAACAACUAUCGGUGGUAAAAACGGUGACACCAGACUAGGUAACUCUCGCGGGCUGAGUCCGAAAGAUAUCCAACAGCCGCGGUUACUCUACUGUGGAAACAGGCCUGUGGUCACCAGACCGCCAACCCGACCACCUACUGGUAAGGUGUAUGGUUGA